AUCUGGCCGCUGAUCCUGAUGUGAGCCAACUACUUGCAAUGCUCUUGAAGCUUAUAAAUGCAAAGAAGACAAUAGAAAUUGGAGUCUUCACUGGAUGCUCCCUUCUCACCACAGCUCUGGCAAUUCCAAAUGAUGGCAAGAUCACCGCAAUAGAUGUGAAUCGAGAGACAUAUGAGAUAGGUUUGCCCUUCAUCCGUAAAGCAGGUGUUGAACACAAAAUCAACUUCAUUCAAUCUCCUGCUCUCCCAAUUCUUAAUGAGCUUCUACAAGAAGUAAGUU